AUGGAAAGUGGUGCAGUUCUGCUACAGUCCAAGUCAUCACCAAUUAAUCUUUUGAAUGAAAUGCAUCAAUUACGCCUUCUUGGUCACUUGUGUGAUGUGACUGUCAGUGUAGAGUAUCAAGGUGUUCGAGAAGAAUUUAUGGCUCAUAAAGCUGUAUUGGCAGCCACAAGUAAAUUUUUUAAGGAGAUGUUCCUUAACGAGACAGCCAUGGAUGGAACAAAGACAAAUGUAUAUUUAAAUGAAGUACAGGUUGUUGACUUUGCUUCUUUUCUUGAAUUUGUCUAUACUGCAAAGGUUCAAGUAGAAGAAGACCGUGUGCAGAGAAUGUUGGACAUGGCUGAGAAACUGAAGUGUUUAGACUUAUCUGAAACUUGUUUUCAGUUAAAGAAACAGAUGUUAGAAUCAGUACUCUUAGAGCUCCAGAACUUUUCAGAGUCUCAGGAGCCAGGAGAGAAUAAUGUUUCUCAAACAAAUGAUGUUAUACUUGAUUCACAGGCAGCAAGCAUAAUAGUAGAAGUUCCUAAUGAUGAUAGCCUUUCUGAUUCUUCAGAUUACCCUGUAGAAAGAAAUAGCAAUGGUUUAAUACCACAGAAAACACAGAGAAAGUCAAAGGACAAAGUAGAUAAGAAAAAAGAAGUUAUGAAACCCCACUAUACUAAAAUUAGAAGAGCCAGUGGAAGACUGGCUGGUAGGAAGGUAUUUGUAGAAAUCCCUAAGAAGAAGUACACAAGGAGACUAAGAGAACAGCAAAAAAAUGCUGACGAUAAUGGAGAGAACAAGGUUCCAGAAGACCAAAGCAUACCUGAUGUGGAGAUGGUGACAAAAAAUGUGGAACCAAAGAAUGAGGAAUGUGAUGCCAGCUUUGUGUUGGAGGAAGCUUUGAAAAAAGCUGAGGAAGAGGAUGAUAAGAAAAAAAGCAACUUUAAGUGUACCAUGUGUGAAAAGGAGUUUCUCUAUGAGAAGAGUUUCCUGAAACAUAUCAAACAUAACCAUGGCAUUGCUGCUGAAAUCAUAUAUCGUUGUGAUACAUGCAGCCAGACAUUUGCAAACAGAUGUAAUUUGAAAAGCCAUCAGCGCCAUGUUCAUAGCAGUGAGCGCCAUUUCCCCUGUGAACUUUGUGGAAAGAAAUUCAAGAGGAAGAAAGAUGUUAAAAGGCAUAUUCUUCAAGUUCAUGAAGGUGGAGGGGAGCGCCAUCAGUGUCAGCAGUGUGGCAAGGGCUUGAGCUCCAAAACAGCUCUUAGGCUUCAUGAACGAACUCAUACAGGGGACAAACCAUAUGGAUGCACUGAAUGUGAAGCUAAGUUUUCUCAGCCUUCUGCACUGAAAACACACAUGAGAAUUCAUACAGGUGAAAAACCUUUUGUCUGUGAUGAAUGUGGUGCAAGAUUCACUCAAAACCACAUGCUGAUAUAUCAUAAAAGAUGUCAUACAGGGGAAAGACCUUUUAUGUGUGAAACAUGCGGCAAAAGUUUUGCUUCUAAGGAAUAUUUGAAGCAUCACAAUCGAAUCCACACAGGAUCUAAACCCUUUAAAUGUGAAGUUUGCUUCAGGACAUUUGCACAAAGGAAUUCACUUUAUCAACAUAUCAAAGUUCAUACAGGGGAACGUCCAUAUUGUUGUGAUCAAUGUGGAAAACAAUUCACACAGCUUAAUGCCUUGCAGCGUCAUCAUCGAAUCCACACAGGAGAGAAGCCAUUCAUGUGCAAUGCAUGUGGUCGUACAUUCACAGACAAGUCCACUCUGCGGCGGCACACUUCAAUUCAUGAUAAGAAUACACCAUGGAAAUCUUUUCUUGUUAUUGUAGAAGGUUCACCCAAGAAUGAAGACAGCCAUAAAACUGAGCAAAUGGAUGAGGACUAUCCAUCAUCCAAAAUAUCAGAAAAGCUACUCUCAUUUGCAGAAAAUGGCCACUUUCAGAACUUGACUGUUGUCCAAGGAGCUCUGACUGCUUUACAUGAAAACAUUCCUACUACAGACCUGGACUGCAAAUCAGAUGAUCCUGUAGUUCCCCAGGAAGCCCUCAUAGCUACCACAUUAAGUGAUCUUACAGUACUUCAUACACAGACAGACUCAAUUCAGCCAUCACUCCAUGUUUUGUCAAACAUAGAAUGA